AUAUAGCAGAGUGGAGAUGAAGAAGAAAGCAAGGAUUUCCUGCAGUUUCUGUUGAAGUUGAAGAAUGAAAGCGAUCCUAAGACCCCUCUCACCAUGACCCACCUCAGAGCCUUGCUCAUGGAUAUGGUGAUGGGUGGAUCUGACACAUCCGCCAACACAAUAGAGUUCACCAUGGCUGAACUCUUGAACCACCCAGAGGUUCUGAGGAAAGCACAGGAGGAACUUGAUACGGUAGUUGGUAGGGCCAACAAUGUUGAGGAGUCUCACAUUCACAAACUUCCUUAUCUGCUUGCAAUAAUGAAAGAGCCCUUACGGUUACACCCGGCUCUCCCCUUAAUGGUCCCUCACUGCCCUAGCCAGACCUGCACCGUGGGAGGCUAUACCAUCCCCAAGGGCUGCAGGGUGUUUGUUAACGUUUGGGCGAUUCAUAGAGACCCUUCCAUCUGGGAGAAUCCAUUGGAGUUCAAUCCUGACAGGUUUCUGAACAGUAGCUGGGAUUUCAGUGGGAGUGACUUCAGGUAUUUGCCGUUUGGGUCUGGCCGGAGAAUAUGUGCCGGAAUAGCAAUGGCGGAGAGGAUGGUGUUGUACUCUCUGGCGACGCUCUUGCAUUCCUUUGAUUGGAAAUUUCCAGAGGGUGAGAAGCCGGAGAUUGCAGACAAGUAUGGGAUUGUUAUGAAGCUGAAGAAUCCUCUCGUUGCAAUUCCAAUACUGAGGUUAUCUGAUCCUUCUCUUUAUGAGUAAAUCCACAGAACUGUUGUAUUUCCUUGAUUUCUUGUGCUUCUAUUACUACAAAUUGCCAGACAAACCCUUGAAGUUCUUCUAAUCAAUAAAUUCAAUUGAG